CCCAGAGAACGUAGCCUAAUGGCGCUUUGCUCAAACACCCCCUAUGUGUGUGAGAUGUAACUGCGUCUGAAGGCUGUGAGAGAUAAGUGGAAAGUCCCUAACACUGGAAAUCCCCUUUGUCUGCCUGGGCUUUUCCGCAAUCUACAUGAACUACAUUAAGUUGGAGGACGUGAUCUGUGCUUUGACAGCCUAUAGAGUAAACAUACCAACAUAUAAUUGAUUGUGAAGAAGGCUGAAUGGCGCUGUUUGGACUGCCGCGGUUACCCUGAUAGAAGUGGCAGAGGACUACCAGGAGCAUCCUUAGGGCUUUGUUGGUGGUCUUAGUGUACAGUUCUGCAUUGGUACACGUUACAUCUGGUGAACACCAUGUCCCAGGGACAGAAUUUCCUGCCCAAGUUCCUCUUUGUGAGUAACCUGCUGAAAGCGGUCAAGAUCCGGGAGCGGGUGCCCAACGAUGUAGUGAAGCCGGCGGGCAGUGAAAGCCUGAUGCACCACCUGCGGGGCAUGCACCGGUACACACUGGAGAUGAUCAGCAUGAGCCAGUUCCCUCAGGCCUUCCAACAGGUCAUUCAGGCAGCCAUCUUGGACAGGGCCAUGCAGAGCUCCCUAGAGCAGGAGAAGAAGCUCAACUGGUGCCUCGAGGUCAAGAAAAUGGUACCACUGAGGACCAAUGGAGAUGGGAACUGUCUUCUCCAUGCUGCCUCUCAGUACAUGCUGGGGGUGCAGGACACAGACCUGGUCCUGAGGAAGGCCCUGCACAGUGUGCUCAAGGAGACCGAAACAGGCAACUUUAGAGCCCGUUUCCAGACAGAGCUACUGCAGUCUCAGGAGUUCACCCAGACUGGCCUGCGUUACAGCACCAUGAAUUGGGAGGAGGAAUGGGAGAAGAUCAUCAAGAUGGCUUCGCCUGUGUCCAGCAGCAACGGGCUGCAGUUUGACUCCCUGGAGGACAUGCACAUCUUUAUCCUCUCCAACAUCCUCCGCAGGCCCAUCAUCGUCAUCGCAGACCAGGUGCUGCGCAGCAUGAGGUCCUGCUCCUCCUUCUCUCCCCUCAAUGUGGGGGGCAUCUACCUGCCUUUGCACUGGCCUCCAAGGGAGUGCUACAAGUACCCCAUAGUGCUCGGCUACGACUCCCAGCACUUUGCCCCCCUCAUCACCAUCAAAGACAGUGGCCCAGAGAUCCGAGCAGUGCCGCUGAUCAACCCGGGCCGCGGGGGCUUCGAGGAGCUCAACGUGCACUUCUUGAUGGAGAAGGAGCAGACGCAGAAGGAGAGGCUUCUGAAGGACUACCUAAUGCUGAUGGAGAUCCCUGUCAUUGGACUGGGCUACGAUACCACACGCAUCAUCAAUGCUGCCAGGCUGGAUGAAGGGAACCUGCCUGAGGACAUGAACCUGAUGGAGGACUACCUCCAGUUGGUCAACCACGAGUACAAGCGCUGGCAGGAGGACAAGGACCAACUGUGGGCCGCCCCCCACCCCCAUAGACCACCCCCCUUCUCCGUGUCUCAGCUGUCCCUCAUCGAGAUCCGAUGUGCCACACCACGGUGCACCUUCUACGUCUCCGUGGACACCCAGCCACACUGCCACGAGUGCUUUGAGAAACGCCAGGGCCAGCCCAACGGGAGGAUAGAGGCUGCCCCUACGAAAGGCGGUAGUCAGGCUUGUGAGCCGGGGUGUAGUAGUAGAGUACGGCCCAGCCCCCCUGGCUGCCUGGCGGUGUUAUCCAGCCCGCUCUCCGUCGCUCCACCGCGCUCAGCGUCCUGCCGUUACAGCGAAACCCAUGCCAUGAAGUGCAAGAUGCCUGGCUGCGUUUUCACCCGCAGCAAGGAGCACAAUGGUCUGUGUGAACGCUGCUUUAACAGCCGGCAGAAUGCACCAGGGAGGUGCGGCAUGUGCCACCAGGAGGCCUUCAGGAUAUUUAACGGACUGUGCCCCCCGUGCUUCCAGAGUACUGGCACAGAGCGGGGCGAGGAGCCCCAGCCGCCGGCAGCAGCGUCCUCUUCUGGGUCAUUAUGGACCCAGCCCCCGCCCAGGGAAUCUGAGUGCUCGGGCCGGCCCUGUAAGAGGUCGGGAUGCCAGUUCUUUGGGACUCAACAGAAGUGUGGAUUCUGCACCAUCUGCUAUAUGGAUUAUCAGACCAACCACCUAGCGACUCUUCCUCCUCCUGCUCCAAUCCAGACUCGCCACGCGUCGGAGGCAGGCUUCCAGAAUGCUUCGCGCUGUCAGGGCCCGGGGUGUAGGGCCAUGGGCAAUACCAUGCUGGAGGGCUACUGUAACAAGUGCUUCUUUAACGAGCAGAGCUCCAGGUUCAACCAGAAUGCUACCAGGGCUCCCAGUGCCCACUCCCCUCCGCUGGUCAUGCGAACUGCUAAACCAGAACAAGACAGACCCAGACAGACCCAGACCCAGGCCACGUGCAGGUGGAAUGGCUGCAGUAACUUCUCCCCCGGCUGCACAGACCUGUGUCCAGAGUGCCGGGCCACGCGGGGGCAGAGAGAGAGCCGCAGGGAGAGGGCAGGGGCACCUAAGGAGACGAUGAAGCAGAGCUGUAAAGCCCAAGGCUGUGACCACUAUGCCAACAUAGAGAAGCAAGGCUUCUGUAACGAAUGUGACCACUUUAAGCAGGUCUACAUGGGGUGAGCCCAAAGGUUUGGGGAAGAUUAAAAUGGUUGUGCCACCAUGCUAGUCAAUGCAUCUCUGAAACUAGUGACCAUAAGGCCAGAAGCCCGUUUUAACAUGUGCUCAUGAAGAGAAAAGAGCAGGGGCAGUAGAAAUGGCCGGCAGAAUACCUCUUAGUGCAAUUAUUAUUAUCCCACGUGUACAGGAUGAAAGGUGAGGUAUACGUGUCAGACAACGGACAACGUGUACAGUAUGUAUCAUGCUGGACUACUGAUUGUAUCUUGAAAAAAGCGCAAUACGUAAGCUGCUUAAUAAUACGGCCAAGCAAUUAUCUAUCAAGCAGCUAGUCACCGACACAAUAAUGUGAUAAAUUGCAGCUUUUGUUUAAGAACCUCAUCGACCAAAAUUCUGACAACUGCAAAGUUGUGCCAAAGCCAUCACGACCACUAACAAAAUGAGAGUUUGGUCAGUAGAAAUGUGGUUUAAACAGGAUUAGGUACAGUCAAAACUGUACCUACCUAGACAGCUAAUGUACAGUAUCUGAGCGAUUGUGAGUGGGCAGGACCCUUAAGUACUGAAUGGUGCUACUGGAACAGAAGUCAAACGUAGAGGUUAUGUUACAUGACAGAGAAAAACAGUAGUUAAAACUCAAUAAUAUUCAACCUCAGUACAGAUGCUGUUGUGUUCUUGUUUUCAACCUCUCCCACUGCCACAUAGAUGUCUACAGGCAGUACAUAUGUUGUUGUGUUCUUGUUUUCAACCUCUCCCACUGCCACAUAGAUGUCUACAGGCAGUACAUAUGUUGUUGUGUUCUUGUUUUCAACCUCUCCCACUGCCACAUAGAUGUCUACAGGCAGUACAUAUGUUAUUGUGUUCUUGUUUUCAACCUCUCCCACUGCCACAUAGAUGUCUACAGGCAGUACAUAUGUUGUUGUGUUCUUGUUUGCUGUCGACCACUUUUUGUAUCUCUACUGUAGAAGUCCAAGUUAGCGCUUGCCCUGAGAGUUGUACCACGUUACAGUAUGUUCUAUAUGUGUUAAUGCUGGGCAAUUACCUUCACACAGACUCCUAGUUAAUGAGUUACUUAUAGAUGAGAGCAGAGUUCAGUUGAUCUCGUCUAAGGGGAUUGCCAGUGAGGAAAGGAGUUUGUGUUUGGAGGUAAGGAAGGAGAACAUAAAGGCAGGAGAAGUCCCCGUAGAGCUCAACACCUCAUUCAGAGGAGGGAGGGAGGACGUUAACAAACACCUGUGGGGAAAAACAGCAACACAGCCCUUAGCUUGGUUCAUACCUUGUAGCUGUGGCAUGGCUGGACCCCAGGAAGAGUAGCUGCUGCUUUGGCUGCAGCUAAUGGUGAUCCAUAAUAAAUACAAAUACAAGCCUGCAGUAAAAUACCUCACCACCCAUAGAACCUGGCCUGCAGUAUAGUACCUCUUUAUCGUAGGGGCUCUGCUGAAACCUGCUGUGCUCACACGAUGUCUCACUCUACUACUCUGUUUGAUAUAAAACUGGCAUUCCUGUGUUUUCUUCUUUUAAACCUAUAUAUUUGAACUGACAUUUCCUUCCUGCCAAAAAACGUGCCAUCGUCUACAAAGCAUUGAUUUGACCUCUUAACUAAGGCAUCGUUGAAGUCUGUUCAAUAUGCAUAUCUGACAUCUGUUCAAUAUGCAUAUCUGACAUCUGUUCAAUAUGCAUAUCUGACAUCAGUUAAAUAUGCAUAUCUGACAUCUGUUCAAUAUGCAUAUCCGGCAUCUGUUCAGUAUGCAUAUCUGACAUCUGUUCAGUAUGCAUAUCUGACAUCUGUUCAAUAUGCAUAUCUGACAUCUGUUCAGUAUGCAUAUCUGACAUCUGUUCAGUAUGCAUAUCUGACAUCUGUUCAAUAUGCAUUUCUGACAUCUAUUCAGUAUGCAUAUCUGACAUCUGUUCAAUAUGCAUAUCUGACAUCUGUUCAGUAUGCAUAUCUGACAUCUGUUCAAUAUGCAUAUCUGACAUCUGUUCAAUAUGCCUAUCUGACGCCUGCAAAAAAUGCAUUUUGUUGAUUAGGCUUAUGGCAGCCUAGAUAUAGAUCUGCGCUUUAAGCAGAUGAUACACAUAAUAUAAUAUAAUAUGAUAUAAUACAAGGGUAAUUAGUUGUCAGUACAUGCUCUUUGGUUAUGGGUCUGAACCCCAUUCAGACCACUACAUACUGCACAAUACUUAAUAAGCUGCUCUGGUACUUUUCCUUGACAUACAUAGGGACAUUCCAAUGUUACACAAAACAUGCAAAAGUUGUGAGACAUUUUUGUGUAACCUGUCAAUAAUAGGGUAUUGUAUGAAAAGCUUUGUUUUGUUUGUUAAGUAUUUAUUAAUAUCAAAUAUCUGUACUGUGCGUUUCAAUACGUAUUUAUAUGUUGUCCUGAAAUGAAUUAUUUUUAUUAAGAAAACCUGA